AUGAAUGGUAUAGUGGAUUGGUUACCCCAUGUUGACGGUAUUGAAACCAGCUACCGUGCAAAAGCCGAAGAAUUGGUAGAUCUCGAGCUACAAUCCUUAGAUCAGCAAGGCUUGCACCCCGAUAUAGCCCAUCUCAUAGGACAGCCGGUACCUGCAAGACGAGGUCAUGACUUCGGUGCAACGAAGAGCCUGCGCGGUAGUAAGCGACCUGCAGAGGCUGCUAAGCCAGAAAAGACAAGCAGGCGCAAGAUGAUCACUGACUCUUUAGAAGAACCAGAGCAUAAUUAUUCGGAACAAGAAGGCGCCAUUGUUGAGUCGUAUCUUGGUCACCAGCUGAGCGUGCUUGAAAGGCUAUUACCACAGACCCUAGCUGCGCAGUGGGCCACGAACAAUGAGUACAUGAGCAGCGCGCAGGCCGCGCUGACUGAAGUAAUUGAGGCGCAAGAAACGCAGUUGCGCGAUCUAGACGCUCACCGCGAAACUCUACAGGAGCAAGAAGGGGGCGAGCUGAACUACCUGGAGCAGCAAUGGCGGGACGCACUAGUACAGAAUGUGGAGCGGGCUAUACAGUUGAGCCAUACGUAG